CUUUCAUAUCAGAAUUAAUAGCUUUAAUAGAAAAAGCAAAUGAAGCAGAUGAAUCCCUUUUUGGAGCAAUUGAUUUUUCAAAACCACAGAAAGAGUAUCAGCCAUGGACUCAGAAGAUAUCAGAACCAGAGCCUGAACGUAGAAACUUGAGUGCAGCUUCUACUAAUAUUGUAUUAGAAAAAGUUAUUGGGCAGGAUAUCUCUCCUAUUUCUAUGGUCCAAGAGAAUACUUCGAGGGAUAAAUGAAUCACUCAGAAAGUUAAUAAAAGAAAAAUAAGACCUUCGUUGACUCGGGGAGUUCCAAAUAAGUUUGAGCCUCUACAAAUGGGAGUCUCUAAAGACUGGAAGAGAUGGGGAAAGAAAGAAGACAAGACCCUUUUCUAUGCAAUUAGGCAACUAGAAAAACAAGGUGUCCUAAAACUGGAUGAUCUGUUUGACAUCGAACCCAGAGAUGCUAGGUAUAAUAUCAUCCUCAGGUACUUAAGGAAUGAACUUGGUUGGAAAUCUGUGUUUAAAGACUUAGUAAAGAGGAUUAAAACAAGAAUAUCUGAUAGUUUCUCACACAGAGAGAUUAAACAGCUCAAGAAUAUCAUAAAGAAGGAGUAUAACUACAGAAAUCUCGAUUACGAGAAGAUCCUAUAUGACUUCCCUGGUAAAAGCCUGGCUAGAGUGACUGAAGUGGCAGAUCUUAUUGUAAGAAGUAAAACUGCAAAAAAACUAACCGAGAUUGAUGCUAAUAUUUUUCAAUAAUUUAAGCUAAA